CGCGCCCACGCGCGAAAACGCACGCGCGCGUCGCGAAGACACGCACCGACGCGGACGGACGCGCGAUACGCAUCGGCGCGCGCGAGGAAGGCGUUCGACGCGGCGACCGCGGCGACCGCGCGCGGUUGAAAAAAGGGACCGACGAAAUCGAAAUCAAAGACAAGACCCGCGCGCGUCCGAGGGAGCGACCGCGAAGCGAAGGAAACGACGACGGUCGAGAUGUCUUCCAGCGGCGGCGAAGAAGAAGCGUGCUGGAUCUGCCUCGACGACCGCAGCGACGAGCACGACGAGCUCCUGAAGCCGUGCGCGUGCCCGCGAUGGGUCCACGCGCGAUGCAUGGCGCGAUGGCAACUCCAGUGCAGCGGUAAGAGUGAAGAGGCGGCGUGCAAGUUUUGCGACGCGCCGCUCCCGGACUGGCGGGAGGCGCUCUUCAAGGACAUCAUCGACGCCGCCGACGCCGACGACGCCGCCGACGACGACGACGACGACGCGCGGGGGAAGAAGAAGCGAGGGGCCCAGAAGCGCGCUUCCGACGGCAAAAAAGGACGCGCGGGGAGAACGGGGAGAGCGUCCGCGCCCGGCGCGCUCAGCGACGCCAACGACGCCUUCGGCUCCGGCUCGGGGUCCGACGACUCCGCGACGACGACGACCGCGACGGCGCCGUCGCGUCGAGAGUCCUCCCCGCCGACGCUCAAAGCGAGCGGCGACAUCAUCGUCAAGUUCAACAACAUGUCGUUCCGCUGUAAGGUGCGGACCGGGCAGGAAGGCCUGAGCGACUUCAUGGAGCAGAUUCGCGAGAAGUGCGGCAUUCCGGAGGAUAAGAUGGGUCAGCUCAAUCUGACGUAUCGAUGCAAAGACCCGUCCACCGGAUCGCAGAUGACCCUGGAGGGCGUCAACGAGAGCGCGUUCGACGCCGCGGUGCUGUGCAGCGCGGCGCAGGACAAGAAACGCGCGUCGAGCGGCGGGAAGGGUAGUACAAGUAGUAGUGUUGGAAGCACUUCGAGCGCCCAUAAGCGGAGCCUGGACGGCGGCGGCGGCGGCGCGCGGUCGUCGCAUCGCGUCGCCGCCGCGGGCCGACCCAGCCUGGACGAGACGCGCGCCUCAGUCGCGACGAGCGCGAGGCAGCCGGGGAGGGUCGCGCGAUGGUUCGGGAGGCGGCGGUCGACGUCGAGCAGCAGGGAGCAGCAGGUGGAGGAGACCGCAUUGUACCGCUCGGGCGCGGCGUGAGCGACGGGAGGGUCAAGUCAUCGCGCGGCGCGCUAAUACGCUAAUACGAACGAACGAACGAACGCUACACGUACC